AUGCCUGUCCUCAUUCAGCUGCUGGGCUCCACCGCCACUGCUGGGCACAGGGAUGAGCCUGUCGAUGUGGCCACAAGUGUAUCCCAUGGGCUCAGAGCAUAUGACGGCUUGUCUCUGCCUGAGGACACCGAGACUGUCACAGCAGGCCGGGUUGGCUGGAGCUAUUCAUACCUUUCCGACGACGAGGACUUGCUGGCCGAUGAUGCCUCCGGAGAUGGCCCGGGCAGCGGGGACCUGGGCAGCGGUGACUUCCAAAUGGUUUAUUUCCGGGCCCUGGUGAAUUUCACUCGCUCCAUCGAGUACAGCCCUCGGCUGGAGGAUGCAGGCUCCAGGGAGUUCCGAGAGGUGUCCGAGGCAGUGGUAGACACGCUGGAGUCGGAUUACUUGAAAAUCCCCGGAGACCAGGUUGUCAGUGUGGUGUUCAUCAAGGAGCUAGACGGCUGGGUCUUCGUGGAGCUGGAUGUGGGCUCAGAAGGGAACGCGGACGGGGCCCAGAUUCAGGAGGUGCUACACAGGGUGGUCUCCAGUGGCUCCAUCGCCUCCUAUAUCACCUCUCCCCAGGGAUUCCAGUUCCGACGCCUGGGCACAGUGCCCCAGAUCCCAAGGGUCUGCACCGAGGCCGAGUUUGCCUGCCAUAGCCACAAUGAGUGUGUGGCCCUGGAGUAUCGUUGUGACCGGCGGCCCGACUGCAGGGACAUGUCUGACGAGCUCAACUGCGAGGAGCCAGUCCCGGAGCUUAGCCCCACAACACCUGUCCUGGUGGAGACACCAUCUUUGCCACCCCGGCCAGACGCAACCACCAUGCGGCAGCCACCUCACACCCCCGCCUCCCAGCCCCUGCUUCCGGGUGUAGGCAGGCCUAUCCCCUGUGGGCCCCAGGAAGCCGCGUGCCGCAGCGGGCACUGCAUCCCCAAAGACUACCUCUGUGACGGGCAGGAGGACUGCAAGGACGGCAGUGAUGAGCUGGACUGUGGCCCCACCCCGCCCUGUGAGCCCAACGAGUUCCCCUGUGGAAACGGACACUGUGCCCUCAAGCUGUGGCGCUGUGAUGGCGACUUUGACUGCGAGGACCGAACAGACAGUGCCCCGUGCCCACACCACCUGACUUUGUCCCCAGCCGCCAAGCGCCCUGAGGAAGUAUGUGGGCCCACGCAGUUCCGCUGUGUCUCCACGAACACGUGCAUCCCGGCCAGCUUCCAUUGCGACGAGGAGAGUGACUGUCCCGACCGCAGUGACGAGUUUGGCUGCAUGCCCCCCCAGGUGGUGACACCUCCCCAGGAGUCGAUCCAGGCCUCCCGGGGCCAAACGGUGACCUUGACGUGUGUGGCCAUCGGUGUCCCCACCCCCAUCAUCAACUGGAGGCUCAACUGGGGCCACAUCCCCUCUCAUCCUAGGGUGACAGUGACCAGUGAGGGUGGCCGUGGCACGCUGACCAUCCGUGACGUGAAGGAGUCAGACCAGGGAGCCUACACCUGCGAGGCUAUGAAUGCCCGGGGCAUGGUGUUUGGCAUUCCUGAUGGCGUCCUGGAGCUCAUCCCGCAGCGAGCAGGCCCCUGCCCCGAUGGCCACUUCUACCUGGAUCACAGUGCCUCCUGCCUGCCCUGCUUCUGCUUCGGUGUCACCAACGUGUGCCAGAGCAGUCGCCGCUUCCGUGACCAGAUCCGGUUGCGUUUUGACCAGCCUGAUGACUUCAAGGGCGUGAACGUCACAACGCCCUCGCAGCCCGGCAUGCCACCCCUGUCCUCCACACAACUGCAGAUCGACACUACCCUGCAGGAGUUCCAGCUAGUUGACCUGUCCCGCCGCUUCCUGGCCCACGACUCUUUCUGGGCUCUGCCCCAGCAGUUCCUGGGCAACAAGGUGGACUCCUACGGCGGCUCCCUGCGCUACAAGGUGCGCUACGAGCUGGCGCGCGGCAUGCUGGAGCCUGUGCAGCGGCCGGAUGUGGUCCUCGUCGGGGGCGGGUACCGUUUGCUGUCCCGAGGCCACAUGCCUACCCAGCCUGGCGCGCUCAACCAGCGCCAGGUCCAGUUUUCCGAGGAGCACUGGGUCCACGAGUCCGGCCGGCCAGUGCAGCGUGCCGAGAUGCUACAGGUGCUGCAGAGCCUGGAGGCUGUACUUAUCCAGACCGUGUACAAUGCCAAGAUGGCCAGCGUGGCGCUGAGCGACAUCACCAUGGACACCACCGUCACCCACGCCACCAGCCACGGCCGGGCCUACAGCGUGGAGGAGUGCAGGUGUCCCAUUGGCUACUCUGGCCUGUCCUGCGAGAGCUGCGAUGCCCACUUCACCCGGGUGCCUGGUGGGCCCUACCUGGGUACCUGCUCCGGCUGCAAUUGCAAUGGCCAUGCCAGAUCCUGUGACCCGGUGUAUGGCCACUGCCUGGAUUGCCAGCACAACACGGAGGGGCCGCAGUGCAACAAGUGCAAGGCUGGCUUCUUUGGGGACGCCACAAAGGCCACAGCCACGGCCUGCCGGCCCUGCCCUUGCCCGUACAUCGAUGCCUCCCGCAGGUUUUCAGAAACUUGCUUCCUGGACACGGAUGGCCAAGCCACAUGUGAUGCGUGUGCCCCAGGCUACACAGGCCGCCGCUGUGAGAGCUGUGCCCCCGGGUAUGAGGGCAACCCUAUCCAGCCGGGCGGGAAGUGCAGGCCCACCAACCAGGAGCUCGUGCGCUGUGAUGAGCGAGGCAGCAUGGGGACCCCCGGGGAGGCCUGCCGCUGCAAGAACAAUGUGGUGGGACGCCUGUGUAACGAGUGUGCCGAUGGCUCCUUCCACCUGAGCGCCCGCAACCCCGACGGCUGCCUCAAGUGCUUCUGCAUGGGUGUCAGUCGCCAGUGCACCAGCUCUUCCUGGAGCCGCACCCAGGUACACGGGGCCUCUGAGGAGCCCGCUCAGUUCAGUCUGACCAACACUGCGGGCACCCACACCACCGGCGAGGGCAUCUUCUCCCCCGCGCCCGGCGAGCUGGUCUUCUCUGCCUUCCACAGCCUCCUCUCCGGACCCUACUUCUGGAGCCUCCCUCCACGCUUCCGGGGGGACAAGGUGACCUCCUAUGGAGGAGAACUGCGCUUCACGGUGACCCAGCGGCCCCAGCGUGGCUCCCUGCCACUGCACGGGCAACCGCUAGUGGUACUGCAGGGGAACAGCAUCAUCCUGGAGCACCGUACACCCCAGGAUCCCAUCCCCGGCCAGCCUAGCUCAUUCACCGUGCCCUUCUGGGAGCGGGCAUGGCAGCGGCCUGACGGGCAGCCGGCCACACGGGAACACCUGCUGAUGGCGCUGGCUGGCAUCGACACCCUCCUGAUCCGAGCAUCCUAUGCCCAGCAUCCAGCCGAGACCAGGAUAUCUGGCAUCAGCAUGGAUGUGGCAGUGCCCGAGGACACAGGCCAGGAUGCUGCGUUGGAAGUGGAGCAGUGUACCUGCCCACCUGGAUACCAGGGCCCGUCCUGCCAGGACUGUGACACAGGCUACACACGCAUGCCCAGCGGCCUCUACCUGGGCACUUGUGAGCGCUGCAGCUGCCAUGGCCACUCGGAGGUCUGUGAGCCGGAAACAGGUGCCUGCAAGGGCUGCCAGCACCACACGGAGGGCCCUCGGUGUGACCAGUGCCAGCCGGGAUACUUUGGGGACGCCCAGCGGGGGACACCACAGGACUGCCAGCCAUGCCCAUGCUAUGGAGUUCCUGCUGCUGGCCAGGCUGCCCACACUUGCUUUCUGGACACAGACGGCCGCCCCACCUGUGAUGCUUGCUCCCCAGGCCACAGUGGGCGUCACUGUGAGAGGUGUGCCCCCGGCUACCACGGCAACCCCAGCCAAGGCCAGCUCUGCCAGAGAGAUGGCCAGGUGCCAGGGCCCAUAGGCUGUGGCUGUGACCCCCAGGGCAGCGUCAGCAGCCAGUGUGAUUCUGCCGGUCAAUGCCAAUGCAAGGCCCAGGUGGAAGGCCCCACCUGCAGCCGCUGCCGGCCCCAGCACUUCCACCUGAGCGCCAACAACCCUGAGGGCUGCCUGCCCUGCUUCUGCAUGGGUGUCACCCAGCAGUGCGCCAGCUCCUCCUACACACGCCACCUGAUCUCCUCCCACUUUGCACCUGGAGACUUCCAAGGCUUUGCUCUGGUGAACCCGCAGCGGAACAGUCGCCUGACGGGAGGCUUCGCCGUGGAGCCCGUGCCUGAGGGCAUCCAGCUCUCGUUUGGCAACUUUGCCCACCUUGGCCACGAUUCCUUCUACUGGCAGCUGCCGGACAUGUACCAGGGAGACAAGGUGGCGGCCUAUGGCGGGAAGCUGCGUUACACCCUCUCCUACACAGCAGGACCGCAGGGCGGCUCGCUCUCCGACCCUGACAUCCAGAUCACAGGCAACAACAUCAUGCUGGUGGCCUCCCAGCCAGCGCCGCAGGGCCCCGAGAGGAAGAGCUAUGAGAUCGUUUUCCGAGAGGAGUUCUGGCGCCGGCCCGAUGGACAGCCAGCCACACGUGAGCACCUCCUGAUGGCCCUGGCUGACCUGGACGAGCUUCUGAUCCGAGCCACAUUCUCCUCAGUGCCACUGGCAGCCAGCAUCAGCGCGGUCAGCCUGGAAGUGGCACAGCCCGGGCCCUCCGAUGGACCCCGGGCCCUCGAGGUGGAGGAGUGUCGCUGCCCCCCAGGCUAUGUUGGCUCGUCCUGCCAGGAUUGCGCCCCCAGCUACACGCGCACUGGGAGUGGGCUCUACCUCGGCCACUGUGAGCUGUGCGAAUGCAACGGCCACUCGGACCUGUGCCACCCAGAGACCGGUGCCUGCUCGCAAUGCCAGCACAACGCCGCUGGGGAGUUCUGUGAGUUGUGUGCUCCUGGCUUCUACGGAGAUGCCACAGCCGGGACGCCUGAGGACUGCCAGCCCUGCGCCUGCCCACUGACCAACCCAGAGAACAUGUUCUCCCGCACCUGUGAGAGCCUGGGAGCUGGGGGGUACCGCUGCACAGCCUGCGAACCUGGCUACACGGGCCAGUACUGUGAGCAGUGUGCCCCAGGUUACGUGGGUAACCCCAAUGUGCAAGGGGGCCGGUGCCUGCCACAGACAAACCAAGCCCUGCUAGUGGUCCAGGUCCAUCCUGCUCGGAGCGUAGUGCCCCAGGGUGGCCCCCACUCCCUGCGGUGCCAGGUCAGUGGGAGCCCACCCCACUACUUCUACUGGUCCCGUGAGGAUGGGCGGCCCCUGCCCAGCAGCACACAGCAGCGACAUCAAGGCUCCGAGCUCCACUUCCCCAGCGUCCAACCCUCAGAUGCCGGGGUCUACAUCUGCACCUGCCGCAAUCUCCACCAUGCCAAUACCAGCCGGGCAGAGCUGCUCGUCACUGAGGCCCCAAGCAAGCCCAUCACGGUGACAGUGGAGGAGCAGCGGAGCCAGAGUGUGCGCCCCGGAGCUGAUGUCACCUUCAUCUGCACGGCCAAGAGCAAGUCUCCAGCCUACACCCUGGUAUGGACACGACUGCACAACGGAAAGCUGCCAGCCCGGGCCAUGGACUUCAACGGCAUCCUGACCAUCCGCAACGUCCAGCUGGGUGAUGCGGGCACCUAUGUGUGCACCGGUUCCAACAUGUUCGCCAUGGACCAGGGCACAGCCACACUGCACGUGCAGGCCUCGGGCACUUUGUCUGCCCCCGUGGUCUCCAUCCACCCCCCACAGCUCACAGUGCAGCCGGGACAGCUGGCCGAGUUCCGCUGCAGUGCCACGGGCCACCCCACGCCCACCCUCGAGUGGACAGGGGGCCCUGGCAACCAGCUGCCUCCAAAGGCACAAGUCCACGGUGGCAUCCUGCACCUGCCAGCUGCCGAACCCUCAGAUCAAGGCCAGUACCUGUGCCGAGCCCACAGUAGCGCUGGGCAGCAGGUGGCCAGGGCUGUUCUCCACGUGCAUGGAGGCAAUGGACCCAGGGUCCAGGUGAGCCCAGAGAGGACCCAGGUGCAGGAAGGCCGCACCGUCAGGCUGUACUGUAGGGCAGCAGGUGUGCCCAGUGCCACCAUCACCUGGAGGAAGGAAGGGGGCAGCCUCCCCCCGCAGGCCCGGUCCGAGCGCACAGACAUCGCCACGCUACUCAUUCCAGCUAUCACCACCGCAGAUACUGGCUUCUACGUCUGCGUGGCCACCAGCCCCGUGGGCACCGCCCAGGCCCGGAUUGAAGUGGUCGUUCUUCCAGCCUCAGGUGCCAGCAUACCGCCAGUCAGGAUUGAGUCCUCGUCACCUUCAGUGACGGAAGGGCAGACACUCGACCUCACUUGCGUGGUAGCAGGGUCAGCGCAUGCCCAGGUCACCUGGUACAGACGUGGGGGCAGCCUGCCUCCCCACACCCAGGUCCAUGGUUCCCGGCUGCGGCUCCCACAGGUCUCUCCGGCCGACUCCGGAGAAUACGUGUGCCGUGUGGAGAAUGGCUCGGGCCCCAAGGAGGCCACCAUUGUUGUCUCUGUCCUCCACGGCACCCAUUCGGGCCCCAGCGCCACCCCAGCACCCAGCGGCACCCAGCCCAUCCGCAUCGAGUCCUCCUCCUCACAAGUGGCUGAGGGACAGACCCUGGACCUGAACUGUGUGGUGCCCGGGCAGACCCAUGCCCAGGUCACAUGGCACAAGCGCGGGGGCAGCCUUCCCACCCGGCACCAGACCCACGGCUCGCUGCUGCGGCUACACCAGGUGUCCCCUGCCGACUCAGGCGAGUAUGUGUGCCGCGUGUCCAUUGGUGCUCAGCACCUGGAGACUUCCAUCCUGGUCACCAUCGAGCCCUCUGGCUCCAUCCCUGGACCUGUACCACCUGUCAGAAUUGAGUCCUCAUCCUCCACGGUGGCCGAGGGGCAGACCCUGGAUCUGAGCUGUGUGGUGGCCGGGCAGGCCCAUGCCCAGGUCACGUGGUACAAGCGCGGGGGCAGCCUCCCUGCCCGGCACCAGGUCCGUGGCUCCCGCCUGUACAUCUUCCAGGCUUCGUCUGCCGACGCAGGGGAGUAUGUCUGCCGGGCCAGCAAUGGCGUGGAGGCCUCCAUCACAGUCACAGUCACCGGGACCCAGGGGGCCAACUUUGCCUACCCACCUGGCAGCACCCAGCCCAUCCGCAUCGAGCCCUCCUCCUCACACGUGGCUGAGGGGCAGACCCUGGAUCUGAACUGCGUGGUGCCUGGGCACGCCCACGCCCAGGUCAUGUGGCACAAGCGUGGGGGCAGCCUCCCCGCCCGGCACCAGACCCACGGCUCCCUGCUGAGACUAAACCAGGUGUCCCCGGGCGACUCAGGCGAGUACGUGUGCCGAGUGGUGGGUGGCUCCGUGCCCCUGGAGGCCUCCGUCCUGGUCACGAUUGAGCCUGCGGGCUCUGUGCCUGCACUCGGGGUCAUCCCCCCGGUCCGGAUUGAGUCGUCUUCCUCACACGUGGCAGAAGGACAGACCCUGGAUCUGAACUGCCUCGUUGCUGGGCAGGCCCAUGCCCAGAUCACGUGGCAUAAGCGUGGGGGCAAUCUCCCCGCCCGGCACCAGGUACACAACUCCAGGCUGCGGCUGCUCCAGGUGACCCCAGCCGACUCCGGAGAGUAUGUGUGCCGUGUGGUCAGCAGCUCGGGCACCCAGGAAGCCUCGGUCCUUGUCACCAUCCAGCAGCGCUUUGGUGGCUCCCACCCCCAGAGCGUGGUGUACCCUGUCCGUAUUGAGUCUUCCUCCGCCUCCUUGGCCAAUGGACAUACCCUGGACCUCAACUGCCUGGUUGCCAGCCAGGCCCCCCACACCAUCACCUGGUAUAAGCGUGGAGGCAGCUUACCCAGCAGGCACCAGAUCGUGGGCUCCCGGCUGCGGAUCCCUCAGGUGACUCCAGCAGACUCAGGCGAGUACGUGUGUCAUGUCAGUAAUGGUGCUGGUUCCCAGGAGACCUCUCUCAUCGUCACCAUCCAGGGCAGCGAGUCCUCCCACGUGCCCAGCGUGUCCCCACCAAUCAGGAUCGAGUCCUCGUCCCCCACCGUGGUGGAAGGGCAGACCUUGGAUCUGAACUGCGUGGUGGCCGGGCAGCCCCAGGCCAUCAUCACAUGGUAUAAGCGCGGGGGCAGCCUUCCCACCCGACAUCAGGCCCACGGUUCCCACCUGCGAUUACACCAAAUGUCUGUGGCAGACUCAGGCGAGUACGUAUGCCGGGCCAACAACAACAUCGAUGCCCUGGAGACCUCCAUCAUGGUCUCGGUCUCCCCCAGUACCGGUAGCCCCUCCGCCCCUGGCGGUACCCUACCCAUCAGAAUUGAGUCGUCAUCUUCACGUGUGGCCGAGGGGCAGACCCUGGAUCUGAACUGCAUGGUGCCUGGGCAGGCCCAUGCCCAGGUCACAUGGCAUAAGCGCGGUGGCAGCCUCCCUAGUCACCAUCAGACCCACGGUUCACGGCUGCGGUUGUACCAGGUGUCCCCGGCCGACUCAGGCGAGUACGUAUGCAGAGUGGUGGGCAGCUCUGUCCCCAUGGAGGCCUCUGUCCUGGUCACCAUCGAGGCCUCUGGCUCAACGACUGUCCGUAUGCCUGUCCCUGGCCAUCCCGUGCCCAUCAGAAUCGAGUCGUCAUCUUCACAUGUGGCCGAGGGGCAGACCCUGGAUCUGAACUGCGUGGUGCCUGGGCAGGCCCAUGCCCAGGUCACCUGGCACAAGCGUGGGGGCAGCCUCCCUGCCCGGCACCAGGUCCAUGGAUCCCUGCUGAGGCUGAACCAGGUGUCCCCAGCCGACUCUGGCGAGUACUCUUGUCAAGUGACUGGAAGCUCAGGCACCCUGGAGGCAUCUGUCCUGGUCACAAUUGAGCCCUCUGGCCCAGGCCCCAUUCCUGCCCCAGGACUGGCCCAGCCUAUCUACAUCGAGGCCUCCUCCUCACACGUGGCAGAGGGGCAGACCCUGGAUCUGAACUGCGUGGUGCCUGGGCAGGCCCACGCCCAGGUCACGUGGCACAAGCGUGGGGACAGCCUGCCUGCCCGGCACCAGACCCAUGGCUCCCAGCUGCGACUCCACCAGGUCUCCCCUGCUGACUCGGGCGAGUACGUGUGCCGCGUGGCCGGCAGCUCAGGCACUGAGCGGGAGGCCUCCUUCACGGUCACCAUCCUCCCCGGCGAGGGAUCUUCCUACCGCCUUAAGAGCCCUGUCAUCUCCAUCGACCCACCCAGCAGCACCGUGCGGCAGGGCCAAGACGCCAGCUUCAAGUGUCUCAUCCAUGACGGGGCGGCCCCCAUCAGCCUCGAGUGGAAAACCCGGGGCCAGGAGCUGGAGGACAACGUCCACAUCAGUCCCAACGGCUCCGUCAUCACCAUCGUGGGCACGCGGCCCAGCAAUCAUGGUGCCUACCGCUGCGUGGCCUCCAAUGCCUACGGCGUGGCCCAGAGUGUCGUGAACCUCAGUGUGUAUGGGCCCCCCACGGUGUCCGUGCUCCCCGAGGGCCCCGUGCGGGUGAAAGCAGGAAAGUCCAUCACCCUGGAGUGUGUCAGUGCCGGGGAGCCCCGCUCCACUGCGCGCUGGACCCGGGUCGGUGCCCCUACCAAGUUGGAGCCACGGAUGUACGGGCUUCUGGACAGCCACACAGUGCUGCAGAUUUCAUCAGCAAAGCCAUCAGAUGCAGGCACCUAUGUGUGCCUUGCUCAGAAUGCACUGGGCAUGGCACAGAAGCGAGUGGAGGUGAUCGUGGACACAGGCACCGUGGCCCCUGGGGCUCCCCAGGUCCAGGUUGAAGAAGCUGAGCUGACCGUGGAGGCUGGACACAGAGCCACCCUGCGAUGCUCAGCCACAGGCAGCCCUGCACCUACCAUCCACUGGUCCAAGCUGCGCUCCCCCCUGCCCUGGCAGCACCGACUGGAAGGCAACACUCUUGUCAUCCCACGGGUAGCCCAGCAGGACUCGGGCCAAUACAUCUGCAAUGCCACUAGCCCUGUGGGGCACGCUGAGGCCACUGUCAUCCUGCAUGUGGAGAGCCCACCCUAUGCCACUGUGGUCCCGGAGCACGCUGUGGUGCAGGUGGGGGAGACGGUGCGGCUACAGUGCUUGGCACACGGGACACCCCCACUCACCUUCCAGUGGAGCCGCGUGGGUGGCGGCCUUCCCGGCAGAGCCACUGCCAGGAAUGAGCUGCUGCACUUGGAGCCCGCAGCCCCCGAGGACUCAGGCCGCUAUCGCUGCCAGGUCACCAACAAGGUGGGCUCAGCAGAGGCCUUUGCCCAGCUGCUCGUCCAAGGCUCCUCAGGCUCUGUCCCUGCCACCGCCAUCCCGGCAGGGUCCUCGCCUGCCAUGCAGGUCACACCUCAGCUGGAGACCAAGAGCAUCGGGGCCAGCGCUGAGUUCCACUGUGUCGUGCCCAGCGACCAGGGCACCCACAUCCGUUGGUUCAAGGAGGGGGGCCAGCUGCCUGCUGGCUACAGUGUGCAGGAUGGGGUGCUCCGGAUCCAGAACUUGGACCAGAGCUGCCAAGGGACAUACGUUUGUCAGGCCCAUGGACCUUGGGGUCAGGGCCAGGCCAGUGCCCAGCUGGUUGUCCAAGCGCUGCCCUCAGUGCUCAUCAACAUCCGGACCUCCGUGCAGACCGUGGUGGUCGGCCACGCCGUGGAAUUUGAGUGCCUGGCACUGGGUGACCCCAAGCCUCAGGUGACAUGGAGCAAAGUCGGGGGGCGCCUGCGGCCUGGCAUCGUGCAGAGUGGAGGUGUCGUCAGGAUUGCCCACGUGGAGCUGGCUGACGCGGGACAGUACCGCUGCACUGCCACCAAUGCUGCCGGCACCACCCAUUCCCACGUGCUGCUGCUCGUGCAAGCCUUGCCCCAGAUCUCAACACCUCCAGAAGUCCGUGUGCCUGCUGGCUCUGCAGCCGUCUUCCCCUGCGUGGCUUCUGGCUACCCUGCUCCUGACAUCACCUGGAGCAAGCUGGACGGCAAUCUGCCACCUGACAGCCGCCUAGAGAACAACAUGCUGAUGCUGCCCUCCGUGCAACCCCAGGAUGCAGGCACCUACGUGUGCACCGCCACUAACCGCCAGGGCAAAGUCAAAGCCUUUGCCCAUCUGCAGGUGCCAGAGCGGGUAGUACCCUACUUCACGCAGACGCCCCACUCCUUCCUGCCGCUGCCCACCAUCAAGGAUGCCUACAGGAAGUUUGAGAUCAAGAUCACCUUCCGGCCCGACUCAGCCGAUGGGAUGCUGCUGUACAAUGGGCAGAAGCGGAUCCCAGGGAGCCCCACCAACCUAGCCCACCGGCAGCCCGACUUCAUCUCCUUUGGCCUUGUGGGCGGAAGGCCCGAGUUCCGGUUUGAUGCGGGCUCUGGCAUGGCCACUAUCCGCCACCCCACACCACUGGCCCUGGGCCAGUUCCACACCGUGACCCUGCUGCGCAGCCUCACCCAGGGAUCCCUGAUAGUGGGUGACCUGGCCCCAGUCAACGGCACCUCCCAGGGCAAGUUCCAGGGCUUGGAUCUGAAUGAGGAGCUCUAUCUGGGCGGUUACCCCGACUACGGCGCCAUCCCCAAAGCUGGGCUGAGCAGUGGCUUCAUAGGCUGUGUCCGGGAGCUGCGCAUCCAGGGAGAAGAGAUCAUCUUUCACGACCUCAACCUCACGGCGCACGGCAUAGCCCACUGCCCCACCUGCCGGGACCGGCCCUGCCAGAAUGGGGGCCAGUGCCGUGACUCGGAGGGCAGCAGCUACAUGUGCGUCUGUCCAGCUGGCUUCACCGGCAGCCGCUGUGAGCACUCGCAGGCCCUGCACUGCCAUCCGGAGGCCUGUGGGCCCGAUGCCACCUGCGUGAACCGGCCAGACGGUCGAGGCUACACCUGCCGUUGUCACCUGGGCCGCUCGGGGACAAGGUGUGAGGAAGGUGUGACAGUGACCACGCCCUCCCUGUCGGGCACCGGCUCCUACCUGGCACUGCCUGCCCUCACCAACACGCACCACGAGCUGCGCCUGGACGUGGAGUUCAAGCCGCUCGCUCCCGACGGGAUCCUCCUGUUCAGUGGGGGCCGGAGUGGGCCCGUGGAAGACUUUGUGUCCCUGGCGAUGGCUGGAGGCCACCUGGAGUUUCGUUACGAGCUGGGGUCAGGGCUGGCCGUCCUGCGGAGCCCCGAGCCACUCGCCCUGGGCCGCUGGCACCGCAUAUCCGCUGAGCGCCUCAACAAGGACGGCAGCCUGCGGGUGAAUGGUGGCCGCCCUGUGCUGCGCUCCUCGCCCGGCAAGAGCCAGGGACUCAACCUGCACACCCUCCUCUACCUGGGGGGUGUGGAGCCCUCAGUGCCCCUGUCCCCGGCCACCAACGUGAGCGCACACUUCCACGGCUGUGUGGGCGAGGUGUCAGUGAAUGGCAAACGGCUGGACCUCACCUACAGCUUCCUGGGUAGCCGGGGCAUCGGACAGUGCUAUGACAGCUCCCCGUGCGAGCGCCAGCCUUGCCAGCAUGGUGCUACGUGCAUGCCCGCGGGCGAGUACGAGUUUCAGUGCCUGUGUCGAGACGGCUUCAAAGGAGACCUCUGUGAACACGAGGAGAACCCCUGCCAGCUCCGCGAGCCCUGUCUGCAUGGGGGCACCUGCCAGGGCACCCGCUGCCUCUGUCUCCCUGGCUUCUCUGGCCCACGCUGCCAGCAAGGCUCUGGACAUGGCACAGUGGAGUCCGACUGGCAUCUGGAAGGUAGCGGAGGCAACGACGCCCCCGGACAGUACGGAGCCUACUUCCAUGACGACGGCUUCCUAGCCUUCCCUGGCCGCAUCUUCUCCAGGAGCCUGCCCGAGGUGCCCGAGACCAUUGAGCUGGAGGUUCAGACCAGCACGGCCAGCGGCCUCCUGCUCUGGCAGGGCGUGGAGGUGGGUGAGGCCAGCCGAGGCAAGGACUUCAUCUACCUCGGGCUUCAGGACGGGCACCUUGUCUUCAGCUACCAGCUUGGCAGUGGGGAGGCCCGCCUCGUCUCUGAAGACCCCAUCAAUGACGGCGAGUGGCACCGGGUGACCGCGCUGCGAGAGGGCCGCAGAGGCUCCAUCCAGGUGGAUGGUGAGGAGCUGGUCAGCGGCCAGUCCCCAGGCCCCAACGUGGCCGUCAACGCCAAGGGCAGCGUCUACAUCGGCGGAGCCCCCAAUGUGGCCACGCUGACCGGGGGCAGGUUCUCCUCGGGCGUCACCGGCUGCAUCAAGAACCUGGUGUUGCACUCCGCCCGGCCCGGCGCGCUGCCCCCACAGCCCCUGGACCUGCAGCACCGAGCCCAGGCCGGCGCCAACACACGCCCCUGCCCCUCGUAGGCAACGCCUGCCCCACACGGACUCUCAGACAGCGCCCCCCGCCUGACGACGUCGAGUAUAUUAUUAUUAAUAUUAUUAUUAUUAAUUUUUUGUAAGAAACUGAGGCGAUGCCACGCUUUGCUGCUACCGCCCUGGGCUGGACUGGAGGUGGGCAUGCCACCCCCCACGCAGCGAGGCGAAGCCGCGAGGCUGGUGGGCAGGGCAAGCUGGAUGGGAGCGGGUCAGGACUCAGGACUUGGGGUCAGGCACGGCGGCCAGGUGGGCCCGGAACUGCCCCACUUCCCUCCAGUGGGCCCCCGAAGAUAGAGCCGGGCGGCCACUUCUGUGGCCCUUAGGCAGUCCUCGCUCUGUGAGAGCCACCCAUGGCCUGCAGCUUGGUGCCUUACCAGCUACCUGAGACAGAGGGCGUCGCAGGAACCUCUGCCACUCCCUCCAGGCUGGGAACUCUCUUCAGAGCCAGCUGUGGAGCAAAAGGCAGCUCACCCCUGGGCAGGCAGCCCCCCACCAGCCUGUGUCCCAGCCUCCUCACCUCCACCCAGCUAGCCGGCCGCUGGUCCCUCCUGGCAGCCUUCUCCUCCCACCACGCCCUCCUGGCCUGCAUUCCUGCCCCCUCCUGCCAACACAAGCCCAGGCCCCUCCCUCAGAGGCCGCAAGGGAAACCCCACCCCGACUCGACAGGAGCUGCUACUGGCAGAGCCCAGCACUGAGAGGGUCUCCCUGCCCAUGCCAGGCCACGCCCCCCACUCAUCUGGAAGUGAAGGCCCAGGAACUCUGGGGGGAGCCGUGGGUGGUCAGAAGAGUUCGUGCCUUGGGUGGGGGAAGCCGGGACUCCUGACUGGGAGGGCUGGGAGGGGAUCUGACAGCCCUGCCCUGCCUGUGGGAGACUGAGGACCCGGCUGGGGGUGAGCGCCUUCCCACCAGCAGCCCCAGACUGUGGGGCUGGACGCUUGGCCUCUGUGUCCUAGAAGGGACCCUCUGUGGUCUUUGUCUUGAUUUUUCUUAAUAAACGGUGCUAUCCCCGC